AUCUCAGAGGGAUUAUGAGUUGAGGAGCAUAGAGAUUGUUUGAAUCCAACUUCUAAAGCCUUUGCUGAGUGAACUUUUUCUGUUUCUUUUUUUUUAAUGUUUAAGGAAAAUAUUUUGGGAACAGCUAAAGCCUGGCCAGCUUGCAGAAUUUCUAAAGUUUUCAGUGAGGGUUGUUUGUUGGGGGAGGAGCUUAAACCUUGCGCCCCUGAAGGCUUGUGUGACACGCUGAGAACCCAAACCCGAGAGAGACAGCGUUUGGCAGAGGGCUCCGGUUCAGACACCCCUCUGUGAACAAGCCCGUUCUGGGCUGGACUCCGCGGACGCCAGGGGAGAAGAUCCGUCCGUGUCCGGGUCCGUGAAGGAGGGAUGAGGAGGGAGGAGGUGCAGUCCUCCUUUGUGAAGGGACCGCAGGCGCAGGGAGAGUGAGAGAGAGAGAGAGAGAGAGAGAGAGAGAGAGAGAGAGAGAGCUGCCUGACCAGCUGUGGGGACCCUGCUCAGCGCCUCGUAGUCUCCCGUAGUCGGAUGGUCUGAGAACAUGCUCUGCGGGCUCAGGAAGGAGGUGAAGACCUUCGAUGACGGCCCUUACUCUAAAGGGAGCAAGGACUCCACAGGGACCGACAGUUCUCUGGCCUGUCGGAGACAGAGUAUCCCAGAAGAGUUUCGGGGGGUGACGGUAGUGGAGCUGAUUAAGAAGGAGGGCAGCACCCUGGGCCUCACCAUCUCCGGGGGCACGGACAAGGACGGGAAGCCCAGAGUGUCCAACCUGCGGCCCGGCGGACUGGCUGCCAGGAGUGACCAGCUGAACGUGGGGGACUACAUCAAGUCUGUCAACGGCAUCAACCUGACCAAGCUGCGGCACGAUGAGAUCAUCAGCCUGCUGAAGAACGUGGGAGAGCGGGUGGUGCUGGAGGUGGAGUACGAGCUUCCUCCUUCAGCACCAGACAGUACCUCAGGUGUUAUUUCCAAGACAAUCGAGAUAUGUUUGCACAAGGAAGGCAACAGUUUUGGCUUUGUCAUGCGAGGGGGGUCUCAUGAAGACUGGCACAAGUCGCGCCCCCUAGUGGUGACAUACGUGCGACCAGGAGGCCCUGCCGACAGAGAGGGCACUCUGAAAGUGGGUGACCGUCUCCUGAGUGUGGAUGGGGUGCCCCUGCACAGCGCUAGCCAUGCCGAUGCCCUGACCGUGCUCACCCAGUGCGGCCAGGAGGCCCUGUUCCAGAUCGAGUACGACGUGUCCAUCAUGGAUACGGUGACGAACGCCUCCGGCCCCCUGCUGGUGGAAAUCGCCAAGUCUCCCGGGACGGCCCUGGGCAUCACGCUGGCGACCGCCACGCACAGGAACAAGCAGGUCAUCGUCAUCGACAAGAUCAAAGCCGCCAGCGUCGUGGACAGAUGCGGGGCGCUGCACGUGGGGGACCACAUCCUGUCCAUCGACGGGACGAGCACGGAGCACUGCACGCUGCUGGAGGCCACUCAGCUGCUGGCCAGCACGGCGGACCAGGCCAAGCUGGAGAUCCUGCCCGCCCACCACAGCCGGCUGCCCAGCAAGCCACAGGACACAGUGAAAGUGCAAAAGAGUGACCAUCCACAUUCUUGGGACCCCUGUGUCAACUACUGCCAUACCCAGCACCCGAGCCACUGCAAGACGCCAACAUGGACGUCCUCCAGUAACCCCAUCAACAGCCAAGACUACUGCAAAUCCCUGGUCUCCGCCAGCUUCUCGCCCGGGUCCACCGCCACAUCGGGCUUCGCCAGCCAGAACUCCUCCACCCUGCCGCGCGCCGCCCAUCCCAUGAGCCCCCGCAACUCCAUGCUGAAGAGGAGGCAGAGGAAGAAAGAGCACAAGAGCUCGCUGUCGUUGGCGUCUAGUUCUGUGGGGCCUGGUGGGCAGAUUGUGCACACGGAGACCAGCGAGAUCACCCUGAGGGGUGACCCCCUCAACGGGUUCGGGGUCCAGCUCCAAGGGGGCAUCUUCGCCACGGAAACGCUCUCGGCCCCCCCGGUCAUCCGCUUCAUUGAGCCGGACAGUCCCGCUGAGAGGUGCGGAUUGCUCCAGGUGGGAGACAGGCUCCUGUCAAUCAACAGCAUUCCCACAGAGGACGGAACACUGGAGGAGGCCAAUCAGCUGCUCCGAGACGCCGCUCUGACCAAUAAAGUCACUCUGGAGAUUGAAUUUGAUGUGGCAGAGUCGGUGGUUCCCAGCAGUGGAACGUUCCAUGUGAAGCUUCCCAAGAAGAAAGGAGUGGAGCUGGGCAUCACCAUUAGUGCAAGCAAGAAGCCAGAUGAACCGCUGAUCAUCUCUGACAUCAAGAAGGGGAGCAUGGCACACAGAACUGGCACACUUGAGCCAGGAGAUAAGCUGCUGGCCAUAGAUAACAUCCGGCUGGAGAACUGCUCCAUGGAGGACGCGGUGCAGAUCCUGCAGCAGAGCGAAGACCUGGUCAAGCUCAAGAUCCGCAAGGACGAGGACAACUCCGAUGAACAGGAGACCUCAGGCUCCAUAAUCUACACGGUGGAGCUGAAGAGGUAUGGCGGACCACUGGGCAUAACCAUCUCCGGCACCGAGGAGCCCUUCGACCCCAUCAUCAUCUCCGGCCUCACCAAGAGAGGCCUGGCUGAACGGACAGGGGCUAUCCACAUAGGGGACCGCAUCCUGGCCAUCAACAGUGUAAGCCUGAAGGGCAAGCCCCUGAGCGAAGCCAUCCACCUUCUGCAGGUUGCCGGGGAGACCGUCACCCUCAAGAUCAAGAAGCAAGUGGACACCAACCUACCGGUGGAGAAGAAGAAAUCGGGGCUGGAGAAUGACCUGAGCGAUGAUGAGGACGAGAUGACGGACUCGCAGAAGACCAGCAAGCUGUCGGAGAUCUACUCGGCCACCAUCCCCAGCGUGGACUCCGCCAUGGAGUCCUGGGAUGGAUCGGGCAUCGACGCGGGCUACGGGACGCAAGGGACGUACGUCCAGCAGGCGGCGGGAAUCGCUUUGCAUCCCCACGAGUGGCGCAGCGCCAAGCAGAGGAACAGCACGCCCCCUCCAGGCCGUCGCAAGAACUACCCCUUCAGUGACGGCGGCUUCAGCGAAGACGACUGGGACAAGCCUCCUGGAUAUGCUAGCCAUCCGCACAACAACGGCCUGGUCCUGGGCCAGGAGGACAGCUUCUGGUGCCAGGCCCUGGAGGAUCUGGAGACCUGCGGCCAGUCGGAGCUGCUCAGGGAGAUCGAGGCAUCCAUUAUGACCGGCAGUGCCCUCAGUCUGGGUAUGGAGGGGCCCAAGGCCCACGCUGACGCCGGGGUCCAGGCCCGGACCAGCCCGGGGCGGAGGGCCUCCCACCCCCACAGCGAGGCCAAGGGCAGGGGUACUCUGCGCAUGUCCGAAAAAACGUGGGAGUCGCGCCGGAUCAAGGAGGAGAUGCAGGAGAUCCUGUCCCCCACUCCGCUGGAGCUGCACAAGGUGACGGUGAUGAAGGAUCCGGAGAGCGACGACUUUGGCUUCAGCGUUUCGGACGGCUUCCUGGAGAAGGGCGUUUACGUCAACAUGAUCCGGCCAGAGGGCCCGGCGGAGCGGGCGGGGCUGAAGCCCUACGACAGGAUUCUGCAGGUGAACCACGUCCGGACCCGGGAUUUCGACUGCUGCCUGGCUGUGCCCCUUAUCACAGAAGCUGGGGACAAGCUGGAGCUGGUAAUCAGCAGAAACCCCCUGGCUCAGGCAUCUUCGGGACAGCCUCGGGACUGCCAGGACCCCUCAGCCACACUGCCCAACAAGACCAACACUAUGGAUCUGUAACCACGGCAAAGGAUCCACCAAUCACAGUGACCAGAACUCACUGCACUGAAAACAGUAUAUCACCAGAACAACUCAUACAUCCUGUCUUGCAAAUCUUUGGCAAGAACAUCCUGUUUUCAAAGUGCUUUUUUAAAAACUUUUUACUUAUUACUUUUUAAUGUUGUUUUUGUGUGUCUCCUCUCGCCAGUGUCAAAACACCUUUUGAAAACAGUAAGACCGAGAAAACACUGGACAAACUUGCUGGAAUCGUUGUAUUCUUCUGAGCCACUGGUAGCAAACUUAGCGACAGUAGGAACGGGGGGAAGGCCGUUAAAACGAGAGGAUGCCCCCUGCUGUUCAGAGAGGAGGCCGGGGCCAGAGUAACAGAGCUGCUGUCUGUCCCUCGAGUGCAGACUUUAAGUCCCUUUUGGGAUCGAAGGCCAUCCAUGGGAGCCAUUGUGACGUUGUAGUUUUUUAUAGCACGCUCUUUUUCCAAUGUGUGUGAUUCUCUUUCUGAUUGGACCAUUUGAAUUACACAAGCAACUUAUUUUGUGGCUAAAAGGUACUUGAAGACGUGGAUUGAGGAAUGGCUUACACACAUUUGCGCAGUGUUUUAAUUAUGACGAUGAGCACAUCUCUUUUUUCAUAUUUUAUUUAAGUGCAUUUAUUUAAGUACCUUUCCUUAAAUACAGAAGGCCGCCCCCCUGGCUCGGGCCACCUUUGUCCCGUUCUGACGCGAUGGGGUCUGCUGAGGCUCAGGACACAUUGUGUCCUUUCCAAAUGAAUGCGGGCCGGGCACUCGUUACUGCUGCCAAGUAUUGCAAGCGCUUCCCGGCUCUAUUUUAGUGUGGCCUCGCCGACGCUGGCGAGCGCCCGUAAUACCUGCCCAUGCCACACAAGCUCACCCACGUGCAGCUCCAGCACAGCUGUUCUCAGGUCACUCUGAGGGGAACUGAUAAAAAAAACACUUUACCCUACCCUCACAAAUGGGCAUCAAAGGAUGGUCAUAAUAAUAAUAAUAAUAAUGAAAAUAAUAAUAAUAAUAAUAAUAAUAAGCAAUUAUUUGAUUCCAAAAUGUAAAUCACCUAUGGUGAUUUUUAUGGCAUCUUUUAUGGCAAAAGGGUUGCCAAUGUCAAGGUUAUAUACAAAUAUAUAGCCUAACCUAAUGCUAUAUAUGUUAUGCUAUGUAUAGAAUAACAUAAUGCUAUAUUUAGCAGAACAUAGUGGUAUAUACUGUAUGCUAUGCUACAUAUGCAUAACGUAAUGCAGAGAACAUGCCAUUCAGCUUCACAAUGCUCACAAUUUUCCUACCACUAAAGUGUACCUAGUGCUCGGUUUAUCUACCAACUAGACAGUAUCUAGCACCAUAUCAAGCUGGCAAGCUGUUCCACACAGUGACAAAACUCUGUGUGAAAAAAAACUUCCUAAUGUCUGCACGGAAUUUACCUUUUGCUAAUUUCCAUGUAUGCCCCCUCAUUCUACUAACAGAACUCAACCUGAAGAGUCUCUUGUAGUUCACUUUGUUAAUCACCUUUAUGAAUUUAAAAGCCUCAUUCGAAUCACCCCUAAGUCUCCUUUUACUUAUCUCUUAGCAUCUUAAGUCUUUCAUACCAGGAACCAAUUUGGUUGCCCUUCUUUGAACCUUUUCCAGAGCCUCUAUAUCUUUCGUGUAGUAUAGUUCCCAGAACUGCACACAAUACCUAGUGUGGUCUGACAAAGGCAUUGUUGGCCUUUUGUUUUACUGCUACAACACAGUGUCAAGAACCUGAAAGGCUAUUUCUCCUAAAUCUUUUUGAAAUUGAGCACAUUGCAGUUUUGUUCCUCCCAUAAAGUAGUCCUGCUUUAUUUUUUAUUUCCCGCAUAUAGAACUUUACAUUUAUCUAUAUUGAAUUGCAUUAGCAACGUUUCUGCCCACUUCUGUUUAAACCUUCUUGUAUUAUUUUAGCCCAUUCAAAACUGUUGCCUGACCCUCCCAGUUUUGUAUCAGCAAAUUUAACUAAUGUACUUUCAAUGUCCCUGUCAAGGUUCUUUAUAUAUGUGAUAGUGAGCAGAGGUCCCAGCACGGAUUCUUGUGGGACUCCACUUCCCACAGUACCCUGAUCAGAUAAGAUUCUUCCUACUGCUCUGUGUGUUCUGUUGUGUAGCCAGUUCUGAACCCACUCUGAAAUACCUCCUGUAAUUAUUACUCUCUUCAUUCUGAUAAUGAGUCUCUCAUGUGGUACCAUAUCAAAUGCUUUUUUGGAAUUCAAAAUAUGUAAUAUAAGAAAAUAUAUAUACAUAUAUAUACGCAUACACACUCGUUAACCUAAAUAACCUGCUCCUCCAAACAGUGAAUCAUGUGGCUGAAACUCAGUAUGUAAAGCAUGCAGAAUUGGUGAAGAAUGGUGCUGGCUUCCACUGGUUGUGUAACAGUGUGGGGAGAGUUUUCUUAGCACACAUUAGGUCUCUUAAUACUAAUUGAGCAUCAUGUGCCUCGUUAUACCUAAGCAUCAUUGCUGACCAUGUGCAGCCCUUUAUGGCCACAAUCUAUCCUUUCUCAAAUGGAUACUUCCAACAGGAUAAUGUGCCAUGUCACAAAGCACACAUCAUCUCGAGCUGGUUUCACUAAUAUGGCAGUGACUUCAGUUUACUCCAGGGGUCUGCACAGUCCCCAGAUCUCAGUCCAAUAAAGCACCUUCGUAAUGAGCUGGAACAGGAAACUCGCGGCUUGAAUAUGCGGCCGAGGAAUCUGCAUACAUUCUGUGAUGAUAUUGAGUCAACUUGGACCAAAGUCCCUAUGGAACUUGUUGAAUCCAUACCAAAGAAUCCAGGCUGUUCUGGAGGCAAAAAGAGUUCCUAUCCCAUACUAGAUAGGAAUACCUAAUAAAGUGUAUAUUUGUAUAUCAUAUAUUCCACCAAAAACUAAAUUCUGAAAGGGGUGGAUUGUUGAUCCAAAAGUCAAUGGUGCAUCUUGGGACCUGUAGUCAUUCGAUUGUCAAUCCAAAAGUCGAUGGUGAAUCUUGGGAACUCUAGUCAUUGGAUUGUCGAUCCAAAAGUCAAUGGUGCAUCUUGGGAACUGUAGUCAUUGCUUGUAAUUAGUGUCGGCUGCUCCAGCCUGGAUCAGAAUCACAUUAAUUUCUUCUUCACUUCAAAUCGACUUUGACAAUCUGGGUGUCGACGUCGGCACUAUGUGCAGACUCUGUGAAUCGGACCCUGAUGUAUACUGUAGUUAGCAUCAAAUGGCGAGGUCACCCACUCUUCAGUAUUAAGGCUCACAAUGUCCAUCUCUGGUCAUUGAGUACUGGUGGCCCGGUGUCAACAAAGUGAAAUGAACACAGAAUGAUCAUUGAUUAGCACAUAGCAUAUUUUAUACAUAGCAAAAAUGAUUCUGCUCCUAAAGUGCAGUGAAACUAAUGGUAUGACCCAUGGUAUCAACCUCUGAACUAGAUCCCUUCACAUUCUCUAACAACAUACUUGAAUUCACUACGACUUCCUGUUGAGAAUGUUGUGGUGUGUGACUGUAGGCUUAGGCAUUCACAACCACACAGAUUCAAGCAGAAAAAACAGAAAAAGACCGGGGCCUUUCCAUGCUGAAUACUUCCCUGAUUUUAUGGUCAGUGCUGUCCAUAGUACUUGGAUAAUAUUACAGAAUAUCGAGAAUAUUAUAUUUAGUUUAUUCAUCAUAAUCCAUAUAACAUGUAACAACAAAAUAUAUUAGUUUAUUUUUUAUGUCAUUUCUUGGAUAUGCUUUAUAUUCUUUAUGGUUUUGCAUUUAAAAUGUUAUUUACUGUGCUUCUGAAAAUAGAGCAACAGUGGGCUAAUUUAGAAAACCAAAUUGAUUGGACUGAAUUGUUUUUUGAAAUAUUAUUUACUGAAACCAACAGGAAAAGGUUUACCACGCUGGUGUAGAUUUCUGGUACUCCUGUGUUUCUUGUUCAAGCUGAUGCAUAAUCACAUGACCAUUUACGGGAAUGGUGUUUCCAUGGCACCAUCUGGAGAUGAGCCUGAUGCCAGCUGGUCAUCAGUUCUGCAUGAGGGCUCUUUUCUGAUGCAGUUUUUCACACAGCUGAGACAAAAAGUAUCGCAUUACGGAGUUUUGUGUAGUCUCACGCUCUUGUGGUCUUGCGUUUUUCCCAUAGCUCGACCGAAAAGAUGCUCAGCAGUGGGAUCACAGCACUAAAUGUUGAUUCCAUUUUUUUUUAAGUUCAUUGAAUUCAAUUCAUACUUUUGCGAAACUCAACAGUGGCACUUUCACUUUAGAAAACUGACCGGCUUGCUUUCUGAAUACAUUUAAUUUCGGUUGGAGCACGAUUCAAUGUUUUUAGUUUUAGUUAUUUAUUUAUUUUGCUCAGACGAACCAUUGUACCCUAUAAUUUAUUUGGUCUAUUAUUAUCUGUUUAGUCCAACAUGGUGACAUAAAUCUAAUUCCAAACCAUCCAAAAUGUACUGCCUCAAAUUUACUGCCCCCAGUGGGAUCACAGUCAUCAGUGCAGACUGGUGUCUUCAGAACCUGCAGAUGGUGUCAGGUGCUUCAAUCCAGGAACAGUUUGAAGAGAUGCAUCUUCAGUCUAGCAUUGUUGUUUUGGUCUGACAUUAUCCUGUCAACCAUGCUAGUUUCAGUUAGCUUCAGUGUUACCAACUCAAUGAGGAACUGUUUUGAAAUCUUGAUUAUAUGCGCACCAGCAUUACUUUGUUCUUUAUUCCUGUUGAAACUAAAUGAAAGUCUUGGGUAAUGUCCGCAUAUGUCAUGUGAUUGAGUCGGUUGAUUUUUUUCCACCAUGUUUGUGUAUAGACAGAACUAAUUCACCCGUCAUAUAAACAGCGCUCAUCCUCCUCUCCUUUACUCUCUGAACUUUUCACUUCCUGCAUUUUCUUAGCAAAUGCGCUGUUCUCCUGCCUUGGCUGAGCAAACAAGAUUUGAGUACAUGCAAACUUUAAUCUGCCUACUCAAUGGGUCGUGUGAAAUCUGUGAUUUACAGAGCCUGUGAGUCUGACUGGCACUGUGUGUUUAACAUUCAUCAAAUGUGCCAGUGUCCUGCUGUGUUUACCUACACUUCUGAAAGACCUUAUUUUACAAAGGUGUAGGUUAUUCUAGUUUGUUCAUCUUUGCCUCUCCCAAUGGCUUAUCCCAGGCGGCUAGGUUUACCUUGGCAUAGUUACAGAUCCCUUCUUCUUUUGUCCAGGGCAGUUGGUAGCGUGAGACUCAGCUGUCUAGGGUAACAUGUUGUGUGCUAUGAAGGCCUAAAAACAGGGAGCAUGAAGAAAAAUAAAUCACGUGUGUGCGCACAUAUAUGUGUGGACUCAUACAGUGAUGGGCACUAAAUCAUAUGUGUGUACACAUGUAUGUGUGUACUCAUAAAGUGAUGGGCACUAAAUCAUAUGUGUGUACACAUGUAUGUGUGUACUCGUAUAGUAAUGGGCACUAAAUCAUGUGUGUACACAUGUAUGUGUGGACUCGUAUAGUAAUGGGCACUAAAUCACGUGUGUACACAUGUAUGUGUGUACUCGUAUAGUAAUGGGCACUAAAUCACGUGUGUACACAUGUAUGUGUGUACUCACAGUAAUGGGCACUAAAUCACAUAUAUGUGUGCACAUAUAUUAUUAUUUAUUUUCCUUUAUUUAUACAGAGAAGACCCUCUGAGACUUAAGUCUCUUUUACAGGGGUGCCCUGUGAUCACAACAAAAAAAUAAAUAAAAAUAAAUAAAUAAAAGAGAAAUUAUUAGAGUUACAGAUGAGGUGCAAGUAGGUAAUAAAUAAAUAAAUAACAACAUAAUAACACAGAUAAGCAACAACAUUAACAGGUUCACAUAUACAAACAACAACACUAAAAAGACUUCAGCAAUUACAAACAUUUUCCAACUCCAAUAGUUCAGCAAUUAAAUCUUUAAAAAGUUCAAAAGACAUCAGGGAGGUAAGCGUAAGAGAUUCUUGAAAUUCAUUCCACAUAUAUGGGGCAGCAACACUGAAAGUGGUUUUACCUAGUUCAGUCCGAAAAUGUGGAAUAUCUGAUGUAAUGCAUUCCUGGGACCUUGUUGAAUAACUUGAGAACUUAACUGAAAGAAGCUUGGUUAAAUAAAUAGGAUGUUUCGCAAGUAGAGCUUUAUAAAUAAAAAUGAUGCUGUGAUUCUUUCUUCUAAGGUCUAGAGAAAACCAUCCUGCCGCCUGAUACAAAAUACAGUGGUGAGUUCUAAACCCAUCCCCUGUAAUAAAGUGCAAAAAUAUAUGUAUGUGUGUUCAUACAAUAACAGCAAUUAGAUCACACGUGUGCACAUGUAUGUGUGUACUCAUACAGUAAUGGGUACUAAAUCACAUGUGUGUGCACAUAUAGGUGUGUACUCAUACAAUAACGGGAACUAGAUCACACAUUUGUGCACAUACUUGUGCAUACUCAUACAGUAACAGAAAUUAGAUUACUCAAACAAUAAUGGGUAUUAUAUCACGUGUGAGCACAUUAAUAUGGUUACCCAUACAAUAACAGGAGACAAUUCAUGCCUCAUUGGAUGCUGGUUCUAUUGGGUCCUCUGAGUCCUCUGUUCUGUGCAGCUGAAUCAAAAACUGUUUUUAAGGAAAGGCCUUCCUCAUUUUUUUACAAUGAGUAUUUUAGGCCUGAUCUCUACUGGUCUGAAAAGUCACUGGUCAAACUCAAAUUCUAUUUUUGACACUGUGCUUCUUUCCCAAGUACCCCAGUCCUUGCCAAUGCACUUUUGUACAUAAUUAUCUGUGGAUUAGUGCAUAUUAUUUUGCUGCCCCAGAGUAUUUUUCUCCCCUGUUGGAAAGCACAAGCAAGAUCAAUUUGCAAUAACUUUGAAAGCAUUCAUUGUUCCUUGAGGUCGUUUUUUUUCUUUUCUGUGAAGAACAAUGAGCAUCUCUGUUCGAAUGAAUCUGGCAGUUUAAAGUAAAAAAACUGUUCUCACAUAACUUUCCAAAACUGUUCUAAAAUCUAUUCCAGAAACAUUUGUUUAUUUGUAUUUUUCUAUUGAAAAAAUUCACAAAAAUGUGAAUUUCGCAAUGUGGGAGGGCAGCUGUAUCCUAACUGCUGAUCUCCCGAGGACUGUGUGUUUUUAAAACUUCAGACAGGCUUAUUUCUUGUUUCUGUUUUUUUCUCCCGUGCACAGUACCGGACCUGUUGUGUGUACACGUCUCAAUGUGCUGUACUGGACAGUGAAGGGCAUUUUAUAUGCAGUAUCUAAAGGAAGCCAGAGCUGAUGGUUUUUACAUGGCUUUUACAGGCUUUAAAUGUGUCCCUCCCUAUGCAUUUUGACUUAUGGAGUGUGUAUGCAUUGAUAUUUAUGUGUAUUUUUAAAUGUGUAAUAUUAAAGAUCUAUUCUCUGUAUAGUAUUUUUAUAUGAGAUUUUCUCUCUCUAUGUAUUUAAGCACAAUACUGAAAGAGCAAUGGAUUCACAAAUACUGGUUUUAAUGGAUGCACAUGUACAUACUUAUCAUUUGUUGAAGUACUGUAACAAGUAAUAAUUUUUAUAAAAAAUAAAAAAUAAAGAGAGAUAUGUUAUGUUCUACCCCUGUGACAGUGUUUUAUUUGAAAUAAACAUCUAAAAUAUGGCAAA